AUGAUGGGAAAGUCAAAGGUGAGACAGCAUAUGCUGAGACACAAGAAACCAUGUGGUGCGUGGGGAUCAGAACCCACAGCUCCCUCCUUCCUCUCACAGACCUGCAGUGUUGACGGGAAGCCUGGUGAAAUGUACAGCCUACAGACGGAUGUUAAAGAAAUGUGCGGCCCACGAGCGUGGAUGGACACUGUGGCUGGACUUCAGAGUGUGUUCGUUCGGGUGACCUUCACGCCAUUCAGUUCAGACAACAUAGCUCAUCAUGAGUCAAGCCCACGUCUUACCAGCAGCAAGUGCACCUGGUUGGAGGGUAAUGCCUGUGGACUGUACAUUUCUACUACCAGGACAGCCCUUGCCUACCAGAGGGCAUGA